CAGGUAUGCAGCAGCGUCACCCACUGCCUGCUCUCUAACACAGAUCACUGAAACACAACAAUCCAGUAUACAAUGAAAUCUAAGUGGGCAUUAAAUGUUCUUACAAUAAUAAUACUUACAGAGUAUGUGUGGGGUCAAGAUAUACAUGAUGUUGAAGAUUCUCAAGCAGGUUGUCGAACAGCUGUGAAUGAUUUAGUGUUCAUCGUUGAUGGGUCCUGGAGUGUAGGAUAUGCUGACUUUGACACCGCGAAGAACUGGCUGGUAAACAUAACCAGUAGCUUUGACAUUGGACCUACUUACACCCAGGUAGCUGUAGUUCAAUACAGUGAUCUACCAAGAUUGGAAUUUCACCUUGGGCAACAUCGGACAAACCAACAACUUAUCAAUGCCCUGAAAGGCAUGAAAUACUUGGGAGGAAAUACACAGACAGGACGAGCCAUUAAAUUUGCAACAGAGAAUGUUUUUUCAUCUUCUCAGAGGACGAAUCUUGCUAAAAACAAGAUUGCCAUAGUAGUUACCGAUGGCAAAUCCCAGGACGAUGUGGUGGAGAUUGCUGCACAAGCCAGAGCACAAAACAUUAUUAUGUUUGCCGUGGGAGUUGGCUCUGAAAUCACCAAGUCUGAACUAGUGGCAAUUGCUAAUUCUCCAUCCACUGACUAUGUCUUGUAUGCAGAGGACUACACCACCAUAGACAGGAUUAAAGAAACCAUGCAACAGAAGAUAUGUGAAGAAUCAGUGUGUCCUACUCGGAUACCUGUGGCAUCACGUGAUGAAAAAGGCUUUGAGCUGCUUGUGGGAAUGAAAAUUCAUAAAAAAGGUCAAAUAAUAAUAGGAUCACUGACUUCGGAAAAAGCCUACCUUCUUACCCCCGAUGUUGAUGUAACUGAAAAUACCAGAGAAAUAUUUCCGGAAGGCCUCCCUCCCUCCUACGUCUUUGUGGCAACCAUACGUUUAACGGCUCCCGAAACACAGGAAGUUGUUGACCUGUGGAGAAUAUUGUCCAAAUCUGGAGAGGUCCAGGCAGCUGUGACUUUAGAUGGCAGAGACAGUUCAGUGAGCUUUACUGUAACAAAAAUGAAUGAAAAUAAUCAAGUAAUAACGUUCAAAGAUUCAAAAUUAAAGGUAUUAUUUGAUGAGAGAUGGCACCAGCUGAAGAUACUAGUGAAAAGUAAAAGUGCAGUCUUAUUUCUAGACGAUUCUCUUAUUGAGAAAAGGACCCUGGAAGAAAUUGGACCAAUUUUUAUCAAUGGCAAAACUCAAGUUGUAAAGAAAGAGAAGUCAAAUCAGUCAGUUACUAUGGAGAUACAGAAAUUAAGAUUGUACUGUGAUCCAGAGCAAAGUGAAAGAGAGACGGCCUGCGAAAUUUACUCUGUGGACGAUCCCAGGUGUCCACUUGAGAGAGUGCCAACCUCUGCUUGUCAGUGUCCAGAAGGUCAGCCAGGGUCACCAGGAAUUGCAGGACCAGAGGGAGACAAAGGACCUGUAGGAGAGAGUGGAAUUCCAGGACCUGAAGGGAAACCUGGUUUACCAGGGCCUCAAGGACCACCUGGCAUACCUGGCUCUCCAGGAGAAAAGGGUACACAGGGGCCACCUGGAUUCAACGGUGAUCCUGGCCCACCUGGAGUUCAGGGACCACCUGGAAUGCAUGGUGUACCAGGCCCGAUAGGACCCAAGGGACAAGUGGGACCAAGUGGUCAGCAUGGAAGUCCUGGGAUUGUAGGAAAGAAGGGUAGUAAAGGGGAAAGGGGAACAACUGGCCCUCCAGGACAACAGGGACCACAAGGAGAACCUGGAUUGUCAGGAAGAAAUGGUUCACCAGGUCCAGAAGGAUUAAAGGGAGAGAGGGGUCAGCAAGGUCAGCCUGGAACAGAGGGCCGUCCAGGAAUACCGGGUUUUCGUGGGUCUUCUGGUCCUCCUGGUUCAAUAGGAUUAAAGGGAGAAAGGGGAAUGCCAGGACCAAAAGGAGCCAUUGGACCUCCAGGCCUUAAGGGUGAAAGCGGGGCACCUGGACUUCCAGGACCAGUAGGACCUCAAGGGCCAAAAGGCAUACAAGGUGACCACGGGCUUCCAGGACCACAAGGGCUCCUUGGAAUGAAAGGUCAAAGGGGAGACCCAGGUGUACCUGGAUUAGAAGGUUCAAUGGGGAUCCAAGGGCCAAAAGGAUUGAAGGGUGACAGCGGAGAAGAUGGUGUGAAAGGGAAUCAGGGAGAAAAGGGUGAAGCCGGUCAACCUGGACCUUCAGGAAUAAGGGGUGCAGAAGGAAGCAAAGGAGCCAAAGGAGAGAAAGGUGAAAUUGGGGACUCUGGAGAUAAAGGACCUGAAGGCAAAAAAGGUGAAGUUGGCGUACAUGGACUACCAGGUCCUCGUGGUUUUCCAGGUGAAAUAGGCCAACAAGGAAGAUCUGGAAUACCUGGCAUUCCAGGAAAACCGGGGAAAUCUAUGACUGAGGACCACGUCAUAAAAUUGUGCAGUAACUUAUUGCGCGAACAGCUACCCUCUCUACUUCACAAUAUUAGCCCAAGAUGUCAACCUUGUGAAGGAAAGCCAGGAUUGCCAGGAAUGCCGGGUAUCCAAGGAAAAUCCGGUGAAAGAGGACCACCUGGAUACCCAGGAAGAGGAGGCAGAUCUGGCUAUCCUGGACUUCAGGGACUACCAGGACCCCAAGGAAUUAAAGGGGAUAAAGGACCAAAAGGAGAUAAGGGUUCUAAAGGAGAACAUGGUAUUGGAGAGCAAGGCCCACCAGGAGCUCCAGGACUACCUGGAAUUAAUGGAAGCAAUGGAGAAGGAGCGGUUGGGCCUCCUGGAAGUCCUGGAAAAAAUGGAGUACCUGGAGUUCCAGGUAAACGUGGAUUUCCUGGAUCUUCUGGUGUUUGUGACCUAUCUUCUUGUCUUUCUGCUUAUGGAGUUAGGGAUGACCCUUUCAGAAAAGGACCAAACUUCUGAUUCUAGAAAGGUCUGAUUGGUUUAAAGGCUUUAUCCUGUAUAUUACCUCUGGGAAAGGAACUAUUUGAUAUGUUACAAUGCACAACAGAGAGUUUCUGCUGCACACAUAAUACAGUAUACAUCUUGCACUGAUGUCUUCAUAUUGUUUCUAAAUGAAAUGCUGUCAUCAAAAAACUUUCCAUGGUAAUGCAGUAGCUUAUUGAAAUAGGUAUAUCCUAUUCUUAUUUUCCUAAGGAGGAAUUCUUACAUUUUUAAGGUCUUACAUGCUCUAGAAUCGUUGAAUCAAAGCUGCUGACUUACUCUCUGGUACUUUGGAUCAUAUGAAUAAUGUACAAUGUUUGGAGCCUUUAAAAUGUGAUCUCCUAUAGUACAAUAAAACAGGUUGUAUAGGUCAGAAAACCAAUGUUAAAUACUCUUUUAGGGCACUGUAAGUUAAUACAAGAUGAUUCUCAACAGGGGACCCCAUCUAUUUAUGAGAGGGGGUCUACAAAUAGGAAACCUCGCCCUGGAGGACUUAGCAUGUCCAUACAUGACACAAAAUCUUACAAAA